AUGAUUCUCUCAGCAUAAGCAAGUUAAAUAAGAAAUCUAUUUCUAAUUAGCAAGUGUGAUGAGUGUAUUUAAGCUUCUGAAAAAAUAGAGGCAAGUAGCGAAGAAUUUAACUCUUAUUAAUUAUGCUAGCUAUAUAAAAUUCUAUCAUUGUUUGAGAUCAGCUAAUUCGAAGAAGCUCAGAAAUAAUUCAUAAAUUUGAUUUAAGAAGCAAGAUAAAAAAAAGGUAGUUUGAUAGAUUAGGUUGAUUUGCUAACUUUAUCUUUUUAUUAAUGGGAAUUAUGUGAUUAUGAUAGUUAUGAAUGUGAGUAGCUAAAUGAAGAAUUAUUUAAAGCUAUUGAAAUUUAUAAAAGUGAUCAUAAAUUGGAAGAUCUAAAUACUGAUGGUGUUUAUCAUUUAGCAUAAGCUAUGUAUACUUUCAUAGAAUACUUUUAAUAUGAUAGUAAUUUUGAAUGCAUAGAGCACUUAAAAAGAGCUUAAUAGCUGCUCAACUAGAAAUUAGAUCAAGAAAUAUUAUUUCUGAUGGGUUGGAUGCUAGAUUAUUUAGGAAAAAAUGAAGAAGCUAUUGAAUAUUAAUUGAAAUUGUAUUCAGAAAAUUAAUAUUUUCCUAGUAUAUGCAACAAUAUUAGUGUUACAUAUAAACAAAUGGGCAAAGAUGAUAAAUAGGAAGAAUUUCUACUCUAAGCAGAAAAAAUACAACCUAAAAAUAUAGUAGUGAUGCAUAAUUUAGCUAUUAAUUAUAAUUAAAAAGAUAAUUAAUUAAAAGUAGAAGAGUAUUUUACAAGAUCUUUAGCAAUGUAUCCUAAUAAUAGCCACACUCAUUAUAUGUAAGGUCAUAUUUUAUUAAUGAAAGGAGAACAUUAGCUGGGUAUGGAAGUCUUGUAAAAAGGAAUUCAAGUUAAUCCUAAUGACUGUAAUAUUUAUGAAUUGAUGUCACUUUUUGAUCAUUCCAAGUUUCAAGAAUAUAUGCAGAAGUGUAUCUCUAUAAGACCUAAAAAAUCUAGAUACUACUCUUUGAUGGCUGAUAGGUUUUUAUCACUGCAAUAGAUAGAAUAAUCUUUAAAUUAUCUUAACUUAGCACUGAGUUGCAAGUAAUCUGAAGCUGAUUAUGUAAAAGAUAGUAUCAAAAAAGUUGUUUGCUAUAGAACUCUUCAUAAUUACUAAGAAGCUUUAUAAUUAAUUGUCUAAACACUUGAGAAAAUAAAAACCUUCCCUAAUUCUCUUUGGGGUUUUCAAAUUUGUAAAAUAAUUAAUUAAUUAGCUCUACCUUCUCUUUAAAAAAUUAGUAUCUUAGACUCUAAUAACUCUAGAUAUCUUUAAAAAUUAGAUGAGAUAGUUCGCUAUAUACUGGAAAAAGCUAAAUAAAGUUAUAUUGAAGGUUUAAAAAUUAAUCCUAGAUUUUCCCAAGGCCACAAUAACUUAGGGGUAAUUUAUUAGCAUAUGAAUAUGUAAGAAGAAGCAUUAUAAUGCUUCUUGAAUUCUCUAGAGAUAAAUCCUUAAGAUUACUAGGCCCUUAUGAAUAUAGGAAAUAUUUACUCAGAAAAGAAUUAAUUAGAGGAAGCAAAGUAAUGGAUGAUAAAAUCUUUAAAUAUUAAUCCUAAAAAUAAAGAUUGUCAUCUCAAUUUAGGUACUAUCUACAUUUAAAUGAAAAAAUACAAGGAAGCAGAAUAAUCUUACUUAAGAGCUUUAGAUUUAGAUGCUUAAGACUUUUUAGUUAAUUAUAAAUUAGGAUGUUUAUAUUCUGAAGUUUUAUUAAUUAAUCCUUCAGAUAUAGAGGCUUACUUUAAUUUAGGGUAAUUCUAUUCUCAAAUGAAUAUGUUUAAAGAAGAAAAAUAAAGCUACUUAAAGAUUUUGCAAAUAGACCCGAAAUAUUUUUAAGCUUAUGAGAAAUUAGGAAAUCUUUAUUUUAAUAUGAACAUGCUAGAAGAUGCUAAGCAAAACUACUUGAAAUCAAUUGAUUUAAACCCUCAAAGUGCUAUAUCUUAUUUUAAUUUGGGAAUAACUUAUCAGUCUAUGAGCAUGUUAGAAGAAGCCAAACAAUGUUAUCUUUCAACAUUAUAAAUCAAUCCUUAAUUUUCAGAUGCCAAAAAGCGUUAUGAAUAAUGUGAUAUUUUGUUAUUCAAGAACAAGGUGAAAUGA